AUGUCGCGUAAACGUCGCAAUACAUCAUCACCAGAGUUGUCUCCAUCACCACAUCGUAAGCGUGUUGUCUCGCCAUCACUGUACGACGAUGCGGAAGAUUCGGACGAGCCACAGGCCAGUAAGGAGAAGCCACAAGUCAAUGCGGUCUUUGGACAAACUGGCGCAUUUCCAGGAUUAGGGGACGAAGAUGAUGGAGAGAUGUUCUACGGUCCUGCGAAUGAUGGCAUCGGGUACCUGCGCAUGUGCAGAUCCGAAGCUCGAGGAGUCCCUAUCCUGCUGACCGCUCCCCGCAAUGACCGAGGUGGAUUGGAUGCGAAUGGGGAAGAGCAUGUGAACGGAGGGUACUGGGAAGAUGGCGCAUACACAGCAGCAGCCUCCACCCCUCCACCGAACAGUGCAACCAAGCUCUCACCAGCGCAGAGCAGAUACUAUGACUCCCUCCUUGCGCAGUUUCGCCUUUUGCAAGCUACGUUGAGAUGCACUCCCCCGCUGGAAGCCGUGCAGACACUCAGCGCAGAAGUGCCAAUAUCGUUUCCAGCAGACUCAAAAAAGGCAUGGGCACAAUGGAAGCAGCAUGUACAGUCGGCAGACCCAAGCAUGGUGCAGAUGGCGUGCAUGGACGUGGACAGUGGCUGGAAGCUGCUCAAACUGCUGAGAAAGAUGAUCGCUGGGGUCACGCUGCAGCCUCGGAGGGUUGGGACGUGGGCAUGGGCUGUACUAGGACGGUGUCCGGACUCGGGUCAAAUGGUCAGCGAGGAGGUCAGCGAGGUGAGGGCACUCGGCAAAGCAGCAGUUGCGCUAUUGCAUGCAGAAGACUUAGACGCAGACGACGAAGAAGAGCCACAAGCAGACGAAGCCGAGGGGCCUCUCCCCGGUGAUGCACAGUAUCAUGAGAAGACGACGAUUGAAUCAGCGAGUAGAGUGGCGUUAGACAUGAUCAUCACCAUUGUGGGCGAAGUUUACGGACAACGAGAUCUAUUAGAGAGGAGGGAGAUGUGGCAGCGCUCAGAAGCUUGA